AUCUACAAGAUGUCCCCUCCUAUUGUACCGGCCUUGGAGGAUACACCAUAAAAAAUAUCACCACACAAUCAACAUUUUUCUUUUUUUACUGUGACAAAGUCAGAAAAAAAAUAUAUUCAAAUAGCUCUUGAAUUGGUUGUUUUUGCAGAAAAAUGUCCUAAAAUAUGCCGCCAAUCGUACUUUUCAACAAGGUAUGGAGGGUUGCCUCAGAUGAUUUCGUUUAUCCCUCCAUUGUAGAGAUCCUGACCCGUGGAGGAUGGGCGGUAGCUCUAGGGUUUGUUCUUGGAUUCCAUGUUCAGGAGUUAGAUUCUCUUGUCUGCUUGGGACGGGAGUAUCGAUACACUACUUCAUACUUAAUAGCUGCUCUAGUCAUACAAUUAGUUACAUCAGUGAACCUGGUAUAUCUUUGCUACUACAGCUCUCGGGGUAGAAUAUUCGAUACUUCGGAUCCUCAUCCGCGUAGACUUAUUAGUAAAAUCAUCUACAUCAACAUCAUACUUACAUGCUUGGAAUUCUCCCUAACCUGCUAUGGAGCCUUCUUUGCUAUCAAGGAUUUGAUGAGAUGUAUGUCAGAAGAGAGGUUUAGAGUGGUUAUUAUUAUUAUCAUUGUAGUUAUUCUCCUCACCUAUAUUCUUCUAUUUAUCAAGAUGGCGCUAGCUAUCACUACAAUCAAACCGUUUUCCUUAAAUCUUGCCGAGGAGGAGCGACAUCUUUUAGCAAAUAGAGAACACGUCCAGCAUAGGGAAUCCCAGAUCACUUACAGAGGACUCCGAUGUUUAAUGCCGUGCUCCAACGACGAGGGAACAAUUCAAGCAUUUCAGGAUAUUUCUGAGUUGUUUAGUAAAAUAUUCCAUGAUCAUGAUCUGGUUCCUUCAGAUAUACUGGCCGGGCUCCUUCUACUUCACUAUAAACACAAGUUAGAGAAAGAGGUUGGAUCUACUCUUACAUCAAGAAAUAGUCUUAGAUCUCAGGAUCUUGAAGUUGAUGUAGAUGAUAUGUCCGGCCUGAAAUAUUUUUACAAGUAUUCAAUGGCAGCGUAUGGAUGCUGGUGGUACGUGAUGGAUUCCCCCUGUACGCAUUGCUGUAGUCUUGGAUCAUACAUAGAAUACUGUCCUUGCUUUCCCUGUAUGCAGCCAGAGGAUAGAUUGGUUGAGGGGGAUGGAUGUUUUCAACAUAAUCAUGCAGCUGCUAAAGCCAAAUUAAAAAUGGAGGAUGAGAGCUUUAUUGUUUUUGAUAACAGGAACCGUAUUCAAGAAGUUCCCUAUUUCAUGUACGCGGACAGAGAGAGGAAAAGUUUAGUGAUUGCGAUCCGAGGAACCUUGAGUAUUAGUGACAUGUUUACAGAUCUACGAGGGGAGCCUGGUCAUCUAGCUGAUUGUGAAGAAGUAGAAUUUGGAAUAGAUCCUACCUUUAAGGGACACAAGGGGAUGGUAGCUGCAGCUAGUUAUGUCUACCGGCGCCUACAUGGGUUACCCGUAUCUCAAAGGAAGAAGAAUGAUCAGGUUAGAUCGGAGAGGGUUGAGAUAUUGCGUCAAACAUUGGAAGAGUUCCAAGAUAUCCACUUGAAAGGACACACUUAUCCUCUUCAUUAUAAGUUUGUUCUUGUGACUGGACACAGUUUGGGGGCUGGGACUGCUUCGAUCCUGGCUUUUAUGCUCCGGGCCAAAUAUCCUGAUAGGAAUAUAAUCUGCUACGCUUAUUCACCCCCUGGCGGAUUACUAUCUCCUGCCGCUGCGACUGAGAGCGAAAAGUUCACAUUGUCAUUGGUUGUUGGAGAUGACGAAGUUGGUAGAUUACUGACUCAAGAGCAGACAGUAAACAGAACUACAAUAUUAGAUACGGAUUCUUCAGAAGAUACCAGAUCUCCUCUAACCCCGUCUUCUCCUGGUUCUGGAGUACAACUACUAGAUAUCCCUGCAAUACACCAGCAACAGUGUCAGAUUCAAGUACAUCCAUCCUGUGAACCUAUGUAUCUUCCUGGCAGGAUUUAUUAUAUCGAAGAUCUUGAGGACGGAUCUUUUCAUGUUUCCAGACAGAAUAGAACUAUCUUCAAUACUAUCCUUGUAUCCCCCAGGAUGAUGGCGGAUCAUAUGCCGAACUAUAUUCAGAACGUUUUGGACCAGGUUUAAAACAGAACUCGAGGUUUAUCUACUUUUAUACACUUGUAUGUACUUGAUACCGUGUACAUUGUACAAUAGCACGGUGCAGUAGUGUACAGUCUUCGUGAACUCUACGCAGUGCAUUGUACACAUAUUCAGAGAAUUGCCAAAGCUUUAGCUUUAAUCAGAGGUUACUAAUUUGUUUAUCUAAAAUUACACUCCUUUUGCUUUUAAAAGUUCAUUAAAAGCAUUUUUUAUUAAAACUUCAUUUUCAUACUUGCCCACUGGCAUUCGAGGAGGUUCGAGUAGGAUUAAGUUUUGGUUUCCUGUAUUCUUGUAUUCUUUCUUGAUCUCAUUCAAUAUUUUUGAACUUUGUCGCCUUAUCCCGGCUUCCGGUAAGCUUUCCCAGAAUUUCUUAUGUAUUUUACAUUAAUAAUAAAUUAUUUUUAACUGGUUCA